AUGUCAACCAAUUUUGCUGUUGUUGAAUUUAUUGGUGAGAAAUCUGUUGAUAUUGUCUUGGAGUCUUGGAUUGAAACCCGGGAAGGGGUAAGUGUUCUGUAACUGAUGCCUGUUAUGCUGUGUCUAUGUUUAGGAUUAACUGCAUAAAAAUUAGGCAAUCACAAUCAAGUGAUGGAUAUAGAUAUUACAAGACUUUACAACUUGUUUUUAAUAUUUCCAUAGUCAUUGUAUUGUUAUUAUCCCCGAACUAAUGUUGCUGGCCGUGUAAGAAAGUUGGAGUUGCCAGAUAAGGAGAAUUGGUCUUCUUACAGAAUACGGGUUUUAUCAUAUACAGGUACAUUUAUCACAUAUAUUUAUAAAUAAUGAUUAUCUAAAGUGUUUCGUGGGCCAUUCCAUUGUUGUAAAAAAUUGUGUUUUAUGUGUUAAAUUUUGGUUCGAUGUAUUUUAUAUCAUCUAUUUACAGAUAAACAUGAAAAGGCCAAAAAGCAAUUAAAGCAAGCUGAACACACAUCAAAUUUGGAUACAUCCGACUCAGAGUCUGAUUUGGAGAGACCAAAUAAAAGGCAAAGGGGAAAUAUUAAUUAUGCAGACACUGAACUGACUGAAGGUAAUCAUUGCUGAAGAUAUAAUUAACUAGAAUUUAGAAUAGCAAAUGUGAAACUAAGGUACAGUGUGCAUGUAUUGGAAAAGGGAGUGGACGUCUGAUGACAAGUAUCUACUCAAGUAAAGUAUCUACUACCUAAGCACAUGAUAAGUUCUUACUAUUCUUUGUAUUUUCUCUGUAUUAUGUAGGUGAUGAAGAAAAUAUUGACCCUUCUAGAAACUUGUCUCGAAAGAAAACUUUGCAAUCUAAAGGAAAGUCAACAGGUUUGUACGAAUUACGAGUACCCCAAGCCUCAGUUCUUGGACCUCUACUCUUUUUGAUCUACAUCAAUGAUAUUUGUGAGUCAUCUGAGAUUUUCAAAUUCUUUCUUUUUGCUGAUGAUACUAACUUAUUGUAUGCUGAUAAAGACCUAAAAAUGCUUGAAACAGUUGUCAACGCUGAAUUAAAGAAAGUCUGUGAAUGGCUUGCAAUAAACAAACUCACCCUUAAUAUAAGUAAAUCAAAUUUUGUAAUUUUUCGACCAUAUCAGAAGUCAUUGAAUUUCCAGCCUGUAAUUAAAAUGUUUGAUAAUGAUACCAAACAAUCUACACCACUUGAAUGCAAAGAAUAUGUUAAGUACCUUGGAAUUAUUAUUGACUGUAACUUGAACUGGAAGCAUCACAUAAAUUAUAUUACAUUAAAGAUUAGCAAAACUGUAGGAAUCAUUUCUAAAUUGAGAUAUUACAUCCCAAAUCAUACCUUGUUAGAUAUUUAUAGCUCUUUUAACCAUACUUCAAGAUCAAAAUGACUAUGUUGACGUACCCAUGAUAAUUGAAAUGCUGCCCAAUGUAACCGCGAUAUAAUUUUCAGCUCAUCAUAACUUUCUAAUUGCUUUCAAAAAGAAUAUAUUUGUGUCAUGAAUAAUAUUUUUCAUUCAAAAAUUAUCAUAGCCAAUCGGAAUCUAAACUCUCGUUCUGUAAAUAAUUCAUUUUACUUCUUCUCAAUAUAAAUCAGUUGUAUAUAUAUAAUGUUAUUUAAUUAGAUUCAUUUCCUGCCGCGAUUAGCUUGCUAUUGCAUGAUUUGAAUGUUGUAUUUGUCAUGUGUAUUAUUCAAAUAAACUUGUAUUGUAUUGUAUUGUAUUGUAUUGUAUUGUAACAUCAUAUUUCAUGUAAGAAUUUCCAAAUAAGUGUCUUGAUAUUAAUUUGGGAGAGAGGUCUAGACAGCUUGUAUUCUACACUUAACUUACUUCUUAAGUGCAAGCAAUUGCUGAGAAUUUGCCACAAAUAUAGAAUACAUAAUAUUAUAAUUUGACACACAUUAAUUUGUAAAUAUGUAUUAAUUUUGUAUUUUUACAUAAUUCUGAGAAAUUAUGAACAUUUUACCAAAAUGACCAUCCUAAUCUUAACUUAGGCCUUAUGCAAAUAAUUUCUUAAUUUAUUUCUGUUUCAUUAACUUGUGGUGUAGGAAGUCGCAGUAAAAAAUCAAGCCUAACAAAAACUUCACAGGCCAGCACAGACUUCUGCAACUUAGCGCUACCAAGCCCCCCAGAUUAUCAGAGAAGGAAAUCAAAUGACCAAACAAGGAUGCCUUGCAACAGUACGUAUUAUUUUAAUAAAUAGAAAAUAUUGUCAGUUAUAAUAUGGUACAACAUUUAUUGUACACAAUGUUGAUUGGCCAAGAAACAUGUUUUUCGCAUUUCGGUGUGACUAAUUUCAACAUGAUUGCAGAUAUUCUAGAUAUAAUGAUAAUCAGAAUGACCUCAUAUGUAUAUACUGUUUUCCCCCGUGUAUUUUCAAUUCUGCGGUACUACUUACAGUGUAAGUCCAAGUGUAUCUAGGUCCUAUUUUCAACAUGAGCGGCCGUGUUGUAUCAUUGGCUUAAAAAUCUCACAUGAACUUAUUGGCGAAGUACAUUUAUUUUAAAAAUAAACGUUGUCUACUAAGCUGAGAAAAUCAAAGCUAAAGUUUCUGUAAAUGAACAUGAUUCUGUAUCAUGUACAGAUCACCGACCCAGUGGUGAUUGCUUUUGAAUUUUCUUCAUGAAUUUUUAGUAAGUUUUUUAAUAAAAGAUGUAAUAAACUAAAGUGUGUCAUUUUUUGAAAAGUCUUAUUGUAUUAAUUAAAAGAUUUUCUAUUUCUCUCAUAGUACUGUAUUAUUGUUAAUUUUAAUUUUCUUGCAUGUUUUAGAUCUUUUGUACCCUGAUAGGCAGUCUGUUUCAUGUCCCAGUUCUUCCUCCAGAGUAAACAGGUUUGAAAGUGCAGAACUUGUUGGAGAUUCCUUGCGAAUUCUUGCCAGUCAACCAUGUGACACUUCGAUUCAAAAUAAUCAGGGAUCACUUGCCAGUCAACCAUGUGACACUUUGAUUCAAAAUAAUCAGGGUAUGUGAUCCAAAUUUUUUAUCGCUAAAGCCUGCAGCACACAACAGCUAUCUCCUGAGGAAAAUGUUACUUGUGUCUAUUUGCUCAGCACUAAUAACUCGCCCGUGUGCGCGUGAAUUUCAUUGAGUUUUUGGACACACGUAACCUUGAGCUAAAUGUCGAACAUGUUCGAUUUUCGAGCUAAGUGCUGAGCAAACAGGCACGAGUAAGUUCUAAGGCAUUACUUUUAUUUUUGUUCUUUUUAGGUCCAUUUUUUACAUCCCAACGUGUUGACAAUAAUGAUUCCUUUACAUCAUUACUGGACGAUUUGCGGAGUCCAUUCGCAGACUUUGAGAAUCAAAGUAGGUUAUUUAGAUUUAUCAGUUUUCUAGCUAGCGAAUACAGAUGUCUCUACACACGUGAGACGUCUGUACUUGCUGGCUACCAGUUUUCUGACUAAAGAUAAUUUCUCAACUACACUAGUUUGUACUGUAGAUGCAAUAUUGCAUUUAAUCAGUUUACUGUAUUUACUUAUCCCUUUUGGCUAUUCCAGAUCAUUCGACAUCUACCAUGGAACCGAGAAAGCAUCAUAGCGAAACUAAUCAAAGUAAGUUCUUAUUGAAAACUGAAAAUUAACAAGAAUGUUUUUGUAAGAUAUUAUUCUCUCGGUUGUUAAUAAGUAACACAUAAGGGGCCAUUCACAAAGGAUGUCCGGCCAAAUGAUGGAUUUUCAGACCUCCCCCCCCCCCUGUCCCGUAUUGUCGGAAUUAGUGACCCUUCCCCCGGACAUCCGCCAUGCCUCGCAAAAACACACGCCACCUUGUGUAUGUCAAGAAUAAAAAACUUUUCUUACUUUUUGCACUUUUUUUUAUAACUAUAAAUGUGAAUACAAAAAGAGCUAUAAAUGCAGAAAGCUAUUAUUUCACGACACUGUUGAAUUGAAGGAAAGAAUUAGAUAAUAUUAUGAAGUGUUCAAAAUGCCAAUUUCACAAUGGGAAUGAGAUUGCUAACUCUCCCCCCUAUGUCCGAGUUUGUCCUGAUUUUCCAACCCCCCCCCCCGGCUCGGACAUCCUUUGUGAAUGGCCCCUAUUGUAUUGUUUUACUCUGUCUAACGUACCCUGUACUCGUUUACUCUCAAUAACGAUUUUCCUGAGGAUGAUAAAUUGAUUGCAAUGUACAGCACUCAAAACGUCGAUUAAAAACAAAAUGUUGUUUGGAGUAACUGUUUGGAGUUUUUAUCUUGUUUGACUGGUGAUUAGAACCAUGUACGAUCAGAUUCCUUUCCUUUGUGAUAAAGAACCUCUCACUAUGACAAUUUUUCUAUAAUAAUUCUUUGCAGAUUUUAAAACGUCUGUGCUCAUGAAAUUAGAUUCGAUCAUUGAGAAUCAAAAGGAAAUUCUAGUUCACUUGCGGCACCAAAAUGUUGGAAUCGAAAGAACGUGCAACGGAGAUCUGGACGAUUCCCUGGCCAGACCAAUGAAUGCAUUGAACGAAGUAGAAGAGCUUUGUGGCAAAGUGGAACAAGCCGCGUUCGCCAAGACAUUGGUAAAUAAAUGUUAAAAAAAAACUAACUUUUUCUUCAACACAUUCAAAGUUGUCGUAAUUUAUUAUGUAAUACAAUUAGUUUUAUUCUAGAUUUCUCUCCUGGAAAUAUUUAAAUCGUAUCUUAACAGUAUUGCAAAAAUUAUAUAUUUUUUAUUUUUUCAAAGGUGAAUUAUCUGGCCGCACAAUGUGGACAUACUUGCGGAGAUACUGUUCGCCGAAUUAUGGCAAAGCUGGGGACAAACCAGCUGUGGUCCUUAUUUAGCUUUAAAGGCCGGAAGGGGAAAAAAUCUUUCAAAAGUUUAAGUUUGUGCAAUACAAUUAUAAGUAAGUGUAAUAUACUCGAGCUAAAUAUUCCAGCAUUUGAUUAAACAAAAAUUGGAUUGAGAGCGAUCUUGACCCAUGUUUUGGUUUAGCCAGAAUGAGGCACUUGCUAGAAGUGGUUUUACGUUGAAAGUUAAAACUAAUAGUGAUUGGUAAUUAUCACCUUACUGAUAUUGGUAUUUUUUCCAGAAGCCUGUAUGAAGAGCCAUCCGAAAGCCACUGAACUUAGCAUCGAAGAACACAUCUCGGAGACCCUGAAGCAUGCCCCGAACAAGCCUGGUGGCUCAAGAUACCGGGUAAACAGCGUAUUAUUGUGCAUAGAGUUUGUAGUUUAUUGGUCGUUUUAAUAUGUAGAACGAGCAGAUGUUUAUAUGGCUUUUAGUCAUGGGUUGUUUUAUUUAGACGUCGACCUGUUCAAUGUACUAUAAAUUACAAGCUUCGAAUCUUUAUACUGUAUGCUUGGGGAGGGGGGGGGGAGGGGUUGCAGACUAGAUUAGAAGUGGUCUGAUUGUCACGAAAGAGGUAGAGAAGCCUCUGGAAAUGCUAUUUCCGAUUAUCUAGAGAGCUUACCUGCCUGCUUCUACAUUAAAAUAAAUGAUAAAAAUAAUGUAGCACAACAAGCUUUGCAAGAAUGUAAAGGCCAAUAGAACGAACACGUGCAUAGACUUCACUUUUUAGGUAUUAGAUUUAGUAACUUCAAUUAAUAUAUUAAUUAAUAAAUGUAGUGUAUUUAAUUAAUAGUGUACACGAUUGAGAUAAAAGCUUGAUUGCUUUUAUCUCAAUCGUGUUUAAAUAAAUUUAUUAUGAUUCUGUCACUAAAUAUUGUUUAAUUCUUUCUUGUUUACUAGGCCAUGGACAAAUCUCAAGAGAAAGAUGCAGAAUAA